AAAACACAUAUUCAAAUUUUCAAUUAAAUAUUCUUCUCAAUACAUUUUCGUGUUUCUUGAGAACCAAAAAUGAAUUUCGAAUCACGCGUUAAAUAUGAUAGUGAAUCAAAUAUCAAGAAAGCGCUGCGGACCAUAUUACUUUAUUGUGUCUUCAUAGUAAUGACCACUAUAGUUGCCGUCGCCGCGCGUCACCAUUACAUGUACUAUUUCAAUCACGCCAUUAAACGACACUUCUUGAUCAACGAAAGGUUGGUCACCUACAACGAAUGGUGGUCGGAAGUGGCGAACUAUUUUGUGCCGGAUGUGCUGAUGCCGCCACAAGCGAGCAAUGAGAGUGCGGCUAACGAAAAUCCAAGUAAUUCAAGCACAGCUGAAGACAAGCUUAUAAAAUUGGAAGAGAAUAUACUACUGGGAACACCACGUUUACGUCAGCUGCGCGUGCUGGAGACGAAUUGCAGCGGCAAUCGUGCUUUUGUGAAGCACUUUCAUUUCAUUUGUUAUCCAGAGUAUUCAUAUGCCGAUCAGAAAACCACGGGUGAACAUAUAGGCGCCAAAUAUGAAUCAUAUUACACUUUGAGUACAAUGCCGAUCGACGGACGCAUACACACCUAUUGGGGUGGUGGAUUUGUGCAGAAUUUGGAUCGAAAUAUAAAUGUAACGUGGCCACUGAUAGAAUCUUUGGAUCAAUUGGAAUGGUUGGAUCGUGGCACACGGUUAAUGGCUUUCGAAUUUACGCUCUACAAUAAAAAUACGGAUCUUCUCAAUAAUGUCAAAAUUAUCGGCGAAGUGCCGGUCACUGGUGGCGUCUUCUUAUACAUACAAGUGCAGGCGGUGCAAAAACAUGCCGUCUGGACUGGUAGCAUAUGGAUCAUACUCUCAGCAAUUUUAUUCUAUAUUAUUGCAAUGUACUAUCUCGUUAUGGAAAUAUUGGAAUGGCGCAAGCGUGGUACCAAACGAUAUUUAAAAAGCUUUUGGACCUUAACAGACUUAGUUAUACUGCUACUUGUUUUCCUCUCCUUCAGCUAUAAUAUUUUUCAUCCGAUUUAUUUAUAUUAUUAUCUGAAAAGUGCUACAGCUGCACCAACGGAAUACCAUAGUCUGGAUGUGAUUUGUUGGUUGAACUCGCAUUAUAUGAAUUUAAUAGCGAUAAUGGCGUUCUUAGUUUGGAUUAAAAUAUUUCAAAUUUUCACUUUCAAUAAGACAUCGAUACAGUUAAAUGCGACGUUCGUAAGGUGCUAUAGAGAUCUGCUCAGCUUCGUACUUAUAUUUCUCAUCAUCUUUCUCUCAUAUGCCAUGCUCGGCAUGUUACUAUUCGGUCAUGCACACGAGGAUUUUUUCGUUUUCCCCAUUGCAUUUUGGAGCGUUAUGCGUAUGGUAUUGGCCGAUUUUGAUUAUGUGGGCGUGGAACAGGCCAAUCCCGUCUUGGCACCAAUAUACUUUUUCUCCUUCAUAAUAAUUGUAUAUUUCAUACUAAUUAAUAUGUUUUUGGCCAUCAUUUACGACACCUUUCGCGAUAUAAAAAAAUACGAAAUACCACCGGAGAGAAGACAGUUGCCGCAAUUCUUAAAAAAGUACUGGGAUAAGGGCAAAGAUGGCGGUAAGCGAGCGCUCAAUAAAAUAGGGCUAUGUAAGCGUUCGAAUGCGAAGCGAAACACGGAACCAACUCGCAAAAUGAACGAUGAAAAUGAGCCACCAUUUCCACCAUCACCAAGGCCAGAGAAGAAGAUGCGCGUGCCGCGGAAUGAGAUACUACAAAACUACUUUGAAGCUAUCAAGAACAAACGUGACGCCGAGCAAAUAGACAAUUUGACUAAACAUAUAGAGACCUUAGAGGCAAUUUUAGCUAAAAUGAGUGAUGAAAUUAAGCGUCUCGAAGCCGAGACACCUGAUCCGAGCACGCGCCCAGAGCCACCAAGACAGCCGAAAACACCGCCGCGCCUCAAGAUAUUCGUAAAUCGCAAGAAAUAAUUGGUGUUGUUGUAAUUUUAAUUGUUAGUGUUUUUUAAAAUAAUUUUUAAUGGACCUUAUAUAAAUAAUAAUAUACUUAGAAUACAAUUUUUAAAUUUUCAUUUGGGACUUACCAAUUUUACGACGCGCGCGCCAUAGCACUGGCGGUGCUGUACUAUUUGGUGAAGCCAGUGUGUUGCUGUUUCAAUAAUCAAUGUAGAAACUG